AUGUCGCUCAAGCCAUUGCCUACCGAACUUGGUAGUGUUUCGGUACGGUGGUUCUUUGCGGCGCGUCUCUGGUCGAGUUUUAAUCCUGGAUUGAAGGAUCCGUUUGGGAUGCAGCUGAUGUGCACGAUAUUGGCGCCGACACCGCUGUUGACCGCAAACUUUGUGAUGCUGGGGAAGGUAAUUCAGCGUCUAGGGACGCAGUACAGCCGAUUAAGCCCAAGAGCUUAUAUGAUCCUGUUUCGUACAUGUGAUGUCAUUUUGCUGGUACUACAGGUGUUUGGAGGAAGUUUAGCUUCAAGUGCGGUAUCUCAUGGUACUAAUCUGGAGAAGGGUGGCCGCAUCAUGCUAAUCGGUGUUGCAUUUCAGCUAGUGGUGAUAACUGUUUAUUCACUCUUGGGCAUCGAAUUCUUUGCAAGAUACCUUAUCGAUGCAGCCAUUCGGACUCCUGGACCAAAACAUACACGAGUCGAGUUAACGAGGGACUUGGAAUGUUUGAUUGCAGCACUCGUAUUCAGCACCAUGCGUCUGUUCGUUCGAGCGGAGUAUCGAGUGAUAGAGCUCGAGGAGGGCUGGGGCGGGAGAAUCUUCACAACGGAGGUGUAUUUUAGUACGUGCUCCGGUGUCACAGCUCUUACUGUGAUUCUAAUAAACGAGACAAAUGUCCUCGAUGGAGCCAUGAUAAUGCUGGCGAUAUCCACUUUCAAUCUAUUUCAUCCUGGGAAGAUCUUCCGUACAAGGGAGCUCCGGUACGUCGGUCCGGCAUAUUCGAUGAAAAAGAGUAGGUACAGACAGGGCCCGUGA